AUGGAGGGGUUGGGGUGGGGGGGGGGGUGGGGUAAUGAUGGUGGGGAUGGGUUAAGGGGUGUUAGGGGGGGGGGUGUGGGUGGGAUGGGGGUGGUUGUGUGUAUAUUUGGGGGGGGUGAAGUGUGGGGUUGUUGUAGUGGGGAGAGGGGGAUGAGUGUUGGUGGGGUGUGGGUAUAUGGGUUUAGGGUUAUAGGAGAUGGGGGUUUGGGGGAGGUGUGUGGGGUGGGGAUUGGGGGGGGUGGGGUUUUGGUGUUAGAUAGCCAGACAAAGGAGGAGGAGGUGCCACCUGCAGUGAAGCCGGGGGACCUGGUCUAUGUGAAAACCUUCCGACGGAAGUGGCAUACUCCACGGAGGGAAGGUCCCUACGAGGUCGUGAACGCGACGUCAACGGCGGUGCAGGUGAAGGGAUCGCCGACGUGGUACCACCUGAACCACUGCGUCAAGGCCCCGGUUGACGGCAACGAGGAAAAGACCAUAAAGGAAAAGGAGAAGAAUGACCAUGGCUGCCAAGGCGACGAGUCCUUGGAAGGGGGGGACGAGGAUCCUCGUGGUGCUGGUAAUGACAAUGAUAGUACCGCUGAGUUCCCUGCCGUCAUCCUGGUGGAAGGGACAGGAACUCCCACUGGCCGAGAGACAUAG